ACAAAAAUUUAUUUAAAAAAAAAAAAAAAGUUAAUUGAGUUUCGUCAUUUGCAUAUAGCAGUGGUAGUGGUCAUGUUAACCAUCAGUCUCUUAUCUUUGCCUAACACUAGUGUAGCACCAAAUUCGUACAAAUAUUACUUUUGUGAGUAUAAAGAGGUGAGGCCAAAGCAAAGUGUAGUAGUAGUAGUUGUAGCCCCUGCCUGAGAUUAACUAUAUACUAGUUGUUAGUUACUUACUUACAUACAUAGAGAUAGAGUCAAUGGCAAUUGCAGCUGCAAACUCAUCACCCACCAUGAGCCUCAGCCAUAGCCAGAGCCAAGAGGAUGCCACCACCGCCUCCACCACCAACAAGCCCGUCGACGUCGACGAUAAUGAUGAUCACGAGCACGACAUGGUCAUGCCCGGCUUUCGCUUCCACCCAACUGAAGAAGAGCUCGUGGAAUUCUACCUUCGCCGUAAGGUGGAGGGAAAGCGUUUCAACGUUGAGCUUAUUACUUUCCUCGAUCUUUAUCGCUAUGACCCUUGGGAGCUUCCCGCCUUGGCAGCUAUUGGUGAGAAGGAGUGGUACUUCUAUGUGCCCAGAGAUAGGAAGUAUCGCAACGGUGAUCGUCCCAAUCGUGUUACUACCUCUGGGUAUUGGAAGGCAACAGGAGCUGAUAGGAUGAUCCGAACCGAGAAUUUUCGCUCUAUCGGCCUCAAGAAAACCCUAGUUUUCUAUUCUGGGAAAGCUCCUAAAGGCAUACGAACCAGUUGGAUUAUGAACGAGUAUCGCUUGCCGCAACAUGAAACUGAACGAUAUCAAAAGGCUGAGAUAUCGCUUUGCCGUGUGUACAAGAGAGCUGGAGUGGAGGACCAUCCUUCCCUCCCUCGCUGCCUCCCAACGAGGCCAUCCUCGUCAAGGGCUUCUCAUGACAAUAAUAAGAAGCACAAUGAAAUGGUUCAGCACAACAUCAACAUGGGAUUCGUGGGACAAUUAAAGCCGCCAACAACUGAACACAUAGUUGACAAAAUUAAUGAAACGGAAGCAAGCAGUGAUGUCAACACAGCUCUUGGACUUUCCAAAUACAAUGCUGCUUACCGUGCUGCAAUGGGAGCACUCAGCACCACAAUGGCACUUCCAGUUGUUCCAAUGGAUCAUGAGGAAGGCUUGAUGAUGAUGCAGCAGCAAUCUAAGCAAGCUGCAGCACAUGUUCCAACAAUCUUCUCUGCUGGGCCUUCCAGUUCCAACAACAGUGGAGUGGUGAAUAUGGAUGAUCUGAAUAGGCUAAUGAGUUAUCAACAGCAGUACUACAAUGUUCAAAGCCAAAGCCAUCCCAAUCAGUUCUCCACUUUGCUGAUGCAACCUUCAGCGGUAGUGUCUCUCAGCUCGCUACCAAAUCCACUUCCACCCACCUUCUCUGACCGACUCUGGGACUGGAAUCCAAUCCCUGAGCCACCAAAUCAAGAGUACAGCAACAUGUCCUUCAAGUAAUGACUCGUCAAUUAUAUCUAGCUAUCUGUGAACUGCACAUACAUAUAUAUAUAGAUAGAUAGAGACAAUUAUCUGUGCUAAUUUCCGCUAUCAACUUUAUCUAGGUUGUACGUUUUCGUUACUCUCUAAUUAAUCUCGUAUCUUAUUUUAGAUUUCAAUAAGAUAAUUGUAUGACUUAUUUUGAUCAAUGAUCAAUAUGUAUUACUCUUAGGGUUUGAGUUUUAAACCUUUUCUUUUUUUUUAUUAUUAUCAGUAAAAAUUGAUUUUGAAGUUACCCACUUA